AUGAUACCAAUACGAACAUCGAUCCGCCAGCGGUCAAAUCGACUUAUUCCUCAGUACAGUUCACCGUCGUUUCUCGGUCUCGCACCAAUCCGGAUAAGAUCUUUCGUUCCUCAAUCCAAAAAGUUCUAUACCACCUCCCCUCCUCGUCCGGUAUCUUCGAAAUCACCUUUGAUCCAGCGCUAUGCUCCAUCCCUCCACAACCUCUCCGUAAAGACUGGUGUACCACUACCGUCAAUGAUACUCUCUUUUAUGGUGUUACAUGAGAUAACAGCGAUAUUACCUAUCUUCUUGAUCUACUGGUUAUUCUCGACUUUAGGUGUAGGAUUGGGUAUGGUCGGGUGGAUAAUGGAUGUGGGACAUCAGGAAGGCUCUACUCAAGCACAUAUACAAGAAGGGGAAGAAGGGGAAGAUGAGUCGGUGGUGAGAAGGUGGAUAAGAGAUUGGUACGUCGAAGGUGAAAAUAGGAUUGGAAAGAUUGGAAAGAGAUAUGGGAUAUUUGGGUACGAGAAAGGUGUCAAGGAUAGCAAAGAGGGUGAAGAAUAUACCGACGGUGUUCUAGUUCAAUCAGGUGCAGGUUCAGGUGCCGCUACCAAAGUGGCCGACGCUAUCGCCGCUUAUGUUGUAGUCAAGGCACUCUUACCACUUCGAAUAGCAGCCUCUUUAGGUCUUUCACCCACUUUCGCUAGAUAUACUUUAGUCCCUUUACAGAAUAUCUUCAAGAGGUUCAGACGGUAG